AUCGAGCGAAAGAGGAGGGACAAAGGCGGGUGUGGGAUAAAUAUCCCGUCUGUUCUUCUUCCACGCAUCACUUGCUGUGUGUCACUUCAUCUUCCAAAAGAGUGUUAUUUUUGUCUUUCAGGGUCAACUCAGAUAGUCAAGAUGCCGGAGAAAGUGCCCGAGAAGAAAUCUAAAAUCUCAGCUUCUCGCAAGCUCAUGCUGAAGAGUUUGAUGGUGGCCAAGGCCAAAGAGGAUCUAGAACAGGAGCUGGUGGAGAAAGAGAAGCAGAAGGAAAAGUACCUGGAGGAAAAAGCACCCCCGUUAAACAUCAACUCAAUGAGCUUGGAGGAGCUGCAGAAGCUAUGCGAAGAACUCCACUCCAAAAUCGACGUGGUGGAUGAGGAACGAUACGACAUCGAAGCCAAAGUCAUGCACAACACCAGAGAGAUCAAAGACCUGAACAUCAAGGUUGUGGACCUACGGGGGAAGUUCAAGCGACCCAACCUUCGGCGGGUGAGGGUCUCCGCCGACGCCAUCCUGCGCUCGCUGCUGGGCUCAAAGCACAAAGUGUCCCUGGACCUGCGAGCCAACCUCAAGUCGGUCAAAAAGGAAGACACGGAGAAGGAGAAGACAGCGGAGGUGAGCGACUGGAGGAAGAACGUGGAGGCCAUGUCGGGCAUGGAAGGCCGCAAAAAGAUGUUUGAUGCCCAGGGUCCUCCCCAGUAGAUCUUGGAACAGAAUAAACCCUCUCCAUUCAUUUCAGUUCAACAGAAGGCAAUACAGAAACACUCACUGAGCUUAUGUCAGUGUGGUCUCUUUCAUUGCCUACCCAAUAAACACGCAGCACAAACUGA